AUGCAGUUCCCAUACGGAAAUGUCGGGACCCCUCUGGGGGCCCCUAUUGCUGCUGCUGCUGCUGCUGCUCAUGCGGGCGUCGCGCCACUGUACUACGGAGGGGCCCCUGCAGCAACGGCAGCAGUCGCUGCAGCAGCAGCAGCAGUUGCGCCUAUUGCUGCUGCUGCUGCUGCUGCUGCUCCUGUUGCUGUAGCACCUCUUGCUGCAGCUCCAGCAACGGAUGUUGCAGCAGCAGAAAAUGACAAGGAAGACGAGGAGGAGGCAAUUGCGCGCUGUCAUUUGCAUACGAAGCCGCAACUCUCUUGCAAGUUCUGCAGGAAGUAUAAAAGCUUUACGCAGCAAAUGGGUGUGCUGCAGCAGCGAGCGAUUGCAGCAGAUGAAGAGACACAGAAAAAGAAUAUGGUCCAGAUGACUGACAGCACUACCUACAACGUCAAUCAGCUACUCAGAGCAAAUAUAUUAUCUUCAGAGUAUUUUAAGUCUCUUCAUCAGCUAAAAAGUUUUCAUGAAGUUGUUGCUGAAGUUGCUGCGUAUGCAGACCAUGCGGAGCCGUACUGCAGCGGCAGCACGAGAGCACCCUCUACUCUUUUUUGCUGCUUGUAUAAACUCUUUACUUUAAAGCUUACAGAUAAACAAAUGCACAUGCUGCUAAACCACCGCGAGUCUCCUUACGUUCGCUGCACGGGAUUCCUUUACCUUCGCUACGUACACCCCGCUGACCAACUGUGGAAGUGGUUUGAGCCUUUCUUUUUAGACGAUGAACAAUUUACACCGGGAGCAGACCCCAACAGAGUUGUCUCUAUAGGCGAAUAUGCACAGUCUCUGCUAACUGAAGACAAAUACUUCUCUACUGUCUUACCCCGUCUGCCUGUCUUAGUUAAAAACGUCUACGGUGCACAGCUGAUGACGCUGCUGCAGCACAGAAAAAGAAAAGCAUUCAAUCGGAGACACAUCGAUGCAUUCGUCCCCUCAGCAAAGUGUAUUGCGCUCUCCAGCGGAGACUGGCUGGAUGGUGUUGUAGUGUCUGUUGAUUCAAAGGGGGUUUGGGUUCGUUUAGAAGACGGCACCGAAGAAAAUAUUGACUUAGGCCUUGUGCAGCUGCUGUCUUAUAAGGACGAAACAGCAGCAGCUCAAGGGAGGCGCAGCAAACCUAAAGACAGAGACAGAGACAGAGACAGAGACAGAGAUAAAGACAGAGACAGAGACAGAGACAGAGACAGGAAGAGAAGUCGCAGCCGCAGCCCCGAACGAAGUGCAGCAAAGACGCAGCAGCAGCUGCUGCAGGAGUUCCGCCGCAAGGAGCAGGAGAAGGCCUUAGCUACAGGGAAGGAUUAUGCGCGGCGGCCGACUUCUUAUAAGAGCGCUUUGUCUUUGAAGAUGACUUCUUCUCGCCACGUGCCUUCUCCUGAGAGGCCUCCGCCUACGCGAACCCACCCGAGGUCUGCUCUGUCGCAUGCACAGCAGCAGCAGCAGCAGCAGCAGCAACAGCAACAGCAACAGCAGCAACAGCAGCAGCAGCAGAGCCAGCAGCAGAAGCAACGCAUGUCGUCUCUCGUUGCGCGAUACAGCCGAGCUGGAGGCGAAUCAACAGACCGACGGCGACGCAACGACACGGAGGCCCCCGAAGUUAUGCGUCUUGGCUGA